CCCACCUUGCGUGCAAGCCUGUGGUGGGCCGGCACUGGGUGUCUGUGUGAGUAGGUCCCUGCUACUCCAGCGGUUGCUAAUAGUUUAGUCGGCAUGCUUUCCCACUCCAGAUGUUUCUCCCGGACUCUAGGGCGCUCUCUUUCUGCUAUCAGCCAGGGGAACAAUGUGUUGGGGCGGAGGAUGCUAUCAGGCCUGUCCACCUGCAGUCGGGUUGCCUACAAAAACAGUCACCCGGAGCUUGACGCCAGGGGCAGCGUCUUCCAGGUCAGAUUCCUGAAGACCUCUUCAGCCUACCGUAAUGAAGUCAUGACGGUUAACACGCCAGCGUUCGCGGAGUCCGUCACAGAGGGAGAUGUGAGGUGGGAGAAAGCUGUUGGGGACACUGUUGCUGAGGAUGAAGUAGUGUGUGAAAUAGAGACUGACAAGACCUCUGUGCAGGUUCCCUCCCCGGCCGCGGGUGUGAUCGAGGCCCUCCUGGUGCCAGAUGGAGGGAAAGUGGAAGGCGGAACGCCGCUCUUCAAACUACGGAAAGGAGCCGGCGCUGCCAAAGCUGCUGAUGUUCCGCAGCCGUCCACGCCCAAAGCAGAGGCCCCAGCGGCCCCGCCUCCUCCACCGCCCCCUACCGCCGGCCCCAUCCCUGCCAGCCUGCCGCCGGUGCCCCCUGUGCCAGGUCAAGCCUCCGAUGCCAAACCAGUUUCUGCUGUCAAACCUACAGCGCCCCCUGCUGCCCCCGUGGCCCCAGCGGGUGCAGCAGCCAAAGCGCCCCGGUCAGAGAACAGGGUGAAGAUGAACCGCAUGAGACUGAGGAUCGCCCAGAGGCUGAAGGAGGCCCAGGACACCUGCGCCAUGCUCACCACCUUCAACGAGGUUGACAUGAGCAACAUCCAGGAGAUGAGGACGCUGCACAAAGACGCCUUCCUGAAGAAACAUGGGCUCAAGCUGGGCUUCAUGUCCGCCUUCGUCAAAGCCGCGGCCCACGCCCUCGGCGAGCAGCCCGUCGUCAACGCAGUCAUUGAUGACACAACCAAAGAGAUUGUAUACAGGGAUUACGUUGACAUCAGUGUGGCCGUGGCAACACCCAAGGGACUUGUGGUACCGGUGAUCCGAGGAGUGGAGGCCAUGAACUUUGCUGACAUUGAGAGAACCAUCAGCGAGCUCGGAGAGAAGGCUCGUAAAAACGAACUGGCGGUAGAGGACAUGGACGGAGGGACCUUCACCAUCAGCAACGGGGGCGUGUUUGGGUCCCUGUUCGGCACGCCAAUCAUCAACCCCCCGCAGUCCGCCAUCCUGGGCAUGCACGGCAUCUUCGAGCGGCCGGUAGCCGUCGGCGGCAAGGUGGAGAUCCGCCCCAUGAUGUACGUGGCCCUGACCUACGACCACCGGCUGAUCGACGGCCGAGAGGCGGUGACCUUCCUUCGCAAGAUCAAGUCGGCGGUCGAGGACCCCCGCGUCCUGCUCCUGGACAUGUGACCCGUGACUCCGCCCCCCCCCCCCCUCCAAGCACAACAAGAACCAGACGUUCUUUUAGCUAGAAAACGACUGUACCACCCCCUCAGUGGUCCUGGCUUCACUUGGUAUAUUAUAAAUGAUAGUUUUUAAAAAGAAGAAAAGAAUGGGGCAGGUGGGAGGGGCUGGUCUUUUGCAGGCAAGCGAAGCGACCCUGCUGUGCGGGUUCCAAUGGCAGGCUCAUUGACGCUAACGUUCAACUCAGGCUGGGCUUUCAGCGGAGCUGGUUCUGUCUUAGUGUGGGCCAUCCCACAAUGCAGUAGGUUAUCUCGAUUGCUUGUCUCGGUGCUUCUCACGCUCUUUGAGGAAAUUUUCGUAUGUACGUGGCAAAAAUUGCAUUCUUAAAGGCAAAGAAAACGGACACAGUGGGUCCUCUAUGGGGAAAGUGUAAACCGCUGACUAAUAGCUGUGUAACAUUUCGUAUGAGAACAGAUACCGCAAUACCAGGAACACUACUUCAUUAUUAUUUUUUCCUGUGUACUUGGGGACGGCCUAGUCAUAAUUGUUGGAAUUUGUUUUCGAGACGCACAAUCACCAAUGUCUUUUACACAAGAAAUCUCAUUCAUUGACCAUCCUGUAAACAGAUGUUUUGUCUGUGCUGAACAAAAAUGUGUAGCUAUUUAAUAAAUACUUUUAAACAUUAAAAGGAAAGCAGUCUA